GUAAAAAGAUGGGGAAUCAUGCGCUUGUUUACGGCGCGUCUGGUAUCACGGGCUGGGCUAUCGUCAACGCCAUUCUGAACGGAUACCCUUCCAAAGAUGCCUUCACCAAAGUCUCUGCUUUGGUCAACCGGCCACUGACCAGAGAAAUGGCAAUGUGGCCAGACGAUCCGCGACUGCAAAUCGUGUCCGGGAUAGACCUCCUCAAAGGAAGCCAAGAGGAACUAGAAAACACCAUCAAAGAAAAAGUCCCAGACGUCGACACCGUCACGCAAGUAUACUUCUACUCCUACAAACAAAUCGACGACCCGACCCAAGAAUGCACCACAAACACCUCGAUGCUCUCGCGCUCCAUAACCGCAAUCGAGCACCUCUCCCCUAAAAACCUCUCCCACGUAGUCCUCCCCAGCGGCACAAAAAUCUACGGCUGCCAAAUGCUCUCGCGCUUCCCCUUUGCCAACGCGCUCCCCCUCGUCGAAACCCUCCCGCCGAUCCCCGAACCAGACCUCUCCCAGCUCUUCUACUACGACCAAAUCGACUGCCUGAAGCGGCUCUCCUCGGGCAAGUCCUGGAAAUGGUGCGAAGUGCGUCCAGAUAACAUCAUCGGGUUUGUACCGAACAACAACGCGUACUGUCUCGCGCAGACGCUCGCGCUGUAUCUAUCGUUAUACCGCGCCGUGGAAGGCGAAGGCACGGUCGUCGCGUUCCCCGGGACGCACAAGUCGUGGCGGAAUCGGUAUAAUGAGGCGCCGCAGGAUAUGGUGGCGCGGUUCUCGAUCUACGCGUCGUUGAAUCCUGGGGAGACGGCUGGCAAGAGUUUUAAUGUUGGUGGCGAGGAGGAUACGUGGGAAGGGAAGUGGCCUGUGAUUUGUGGGUAUUUUGGGUUGAAGGGGGUUGGGCCGGUUGAGGGCGCGCCGCAGCCGGGGAAGUAUAUUGAGGAGCAUAGGGAGGAGUGGGAUAGGUUGGAGGAGAGGUGUGGGUUGAAGAAGGGGUCGGUGGAUAGUGAUGUUACGCAUCCGGGGUUUCAGUAUGUUAUUAUGACUUUGUUCGACUUUGAUCGCCAGAUGAGCAUGGAGGCGUCGCGGAAAGUGGGAUUUACGGAGGAGAUGAGGACACCUGAGACGUGGAAGAUUGCGUUUGAUCGCAUGAGGAAGGCAAAGGUUAUUCCGUAA